AUAAAAAUGAUAAGCUUUAGAAUAAAUUCAUGGUAUCAAAGUUGAGAGUCUAUGAAAUCCACCUCACAUGGCACCACCUCAACAACUGUAAAGUGAAAACAAACAAAAACCCAUUUUAUUUUUUUCCUUUCAUUUCCUCAGAACAUUGAAACAAAUGCACACUGCAAAAUUCCAUAAUCUACUAAUGUUUCCUUGUAAAGGCGGUCUGGGUGUGUCGGGGAUCCUUAUCAUGGUUCUCAUUAUCAACCUAUUGAAGAUUUAAGUUUAACACCCAAAUAUUAAUUUCAGCAUUUUCUUUACAAAAAUAAAAAAAUCAGAGGCAAGCAAGACACUACAGUAUUUCCCCCCGCUCUCUGUCUCUCUCUCUAUAUAUAUUUAUAUAUAUGUAUGAGUGUGUGCUCCCUCUUUCUGUAUAUAUAUAUCAUAAAAGAAGAAGAGAGCUUUUUGAAGAAAGCCAGCUACCAUCCUCUGGUUGAUCAGAGGAUAAAGAACCUGAUGGUGAGAUGCCCUUCAUCACUCGAUUUGAUCUCUCUUCUUACUUAAUUCAUCGACAUCAACGACAAAGCCACCGACUCAGCUUGUUUCUCAGGACUAUAUCCUUCACCAAAAAGCUCACCUUUGCCAAUAAUGGGCUUCUUCACUCUAUUACUCAAUAGCAUUACAGUUUCUUCUUCCUCUUCAUCGUCACCUGCUGGAGAACCACCACAUUUCUCCCUUCUGAGAGCAAUUCAUGGGUUGCCUGUUUUGGAACUAUCCUCCAUUUGCAUAAAUUUGACACUUUUCCUGGUUUUUCUUUUAAUAAUAUCUGCAAAGCAGAUAUCUGUUUGUGCUGGUCAAAUUCGAUUGCAUAAGGACGAUUCGGUUGCAAAUACUAGCCCAAUUAGGAGAAGCAUUACUGUUGAUGGAGAUGUUCAGGAUGUUAUAGUUGGUACUGGGUUUAAAUUGUCUGUAUCAUGUUGUUUCUAUGUGCUUCUUGUGCAAGUUGUGGUGCUAGGAUUUGAUGGUUUUGGUUUGAUAAGAGAGGCUGUUGAUGGGAAAGUUUUGGAUUGGUCUGCUGUUGCCUUGCCUGCUACUCAAGUUUUAGCCUGGUUUGUAUUGAGUUUUUCAGCUCUGCAUUGUAAGUUUAAGGUGUCUGAGAGAUUCCCGUUGUUGCUGAGGGUAUGGUGGUCUAUUUCUUUUGUGAUUUGCUUGUGUACCUUGUAUGUUGAUGGCAAAUCUUUCUUAGCAGAUGAUUCAAAAUACUUUUCUUCUCAUGUAGCGGCCAAUUUUGCUGUAACUCCAGCUCUUGCAUUUCUUUGCUUUGUUGCGAUUAGAGGCGUGACCGGUAUACAAGUUUGUAGAAACUCUGACCUUCAGGAGCCAUUGCUUCUUGAAGAAGAAGAGGCAGGGUGUCUUAAAGUUACUCCUUAUAGUGAUGCCGGACUCUUUAGCUUGGCCACGCUUUCUUGGCUAAAUGCACUUCUUUCACUCGGUGCAAAAAGACCGCUUGAACUUAAGGACAUUCCUCUUCUUGCACCGAAAGAUCGAGCCAAGAGUAAUUAUAAGGUUUUGAAUUCUAAUUGGGAAAAAUUGAAGGCUGAAAACCAAUCAAAGCAACCGUCUUUGGCUUGGGCGAUUUUGAAAUCAUUCUGGAAGGAAGCAGCUUGUAAUGCUGUAUUUGCUCUCUUGAACACUCUUGUUUCCUAUGUUGGUCCAUACAUGAUCACUUACUUUGUUGAUUAUUUGGGAGGGCGGGAGUCUUUCCCUCACGAAGGUUAUGUGCUUGCUGGAAUCUUUUUUGUAUCCAAGCUUGUGGAGACAUUGACAACCAGACAGUGGUAUCUCGGGGUGGACAUUUUGGGUAUGCAUGUCAGAUCAGCUCUAACAGCAAUGGUGUAUCGCAAGGGGCUGAAACUUUCAAGCUUAGCUAAACAAAGCCAUACCAGUGGUGAAAUUGUUAAUUAUAUGGCGGUUGAUGUUCAAAGAGUGGGAGACUAUUCUUGGUAUCUCCAUGACAUUUGGAUGCUUCCGCUGCAAAUAAUUCUUGCUCUUGCAAUCUUAUAUAAAAAUGUUGGAAUUGCUUCCGUUGCCACAUUGAUUGCAACCAUCAUAUCUAUCGUUGUAACUGUUCCUUUGGCAAAAGUCCAAGAAGAUUAUCAAGACAAGUUAAUGUCUGCCAAGGAUGAAAGAAUGAGGAAGACUUCGGAGUGUCUAAGGAACAUGAGGAUUCUGAAGUUACAAGCUUGGGAGGAUAAGUACCGAGUGAGAUUGGAGGAGAUGCGGGGAGUAGAAUUCAAGUGGUUACGGAAAGCACUCUAUUCUCAGGCCUUUGUUACAUUCAUUUUUUGGAGCUCCCCCAUAUUUGUUGCAGCUGUGACAUUUGCAACAUCAAUAUUGUUGGGAGGUCAACUCACCGCUGGCAGUGUUCUUUCUGCACUGGCCACUUUCAGAAUCCUUCAAGAACCACUUAGGAAUUUCCCAGACCUGGUGUCUAUGAUGGCGCAGACAAAGGUUUCUCUUGAUCGAAUUUCCGGAUUCCUGCGGGAGGAAGAACUGCAGGAAGAUGCCACCAUUGUUCUGCCCCGAGGAAUGUCAAAAGUGGCUAUAGAGAUUAAGGAUGGGGAGUUUUGCUGGGAUCCCUCUUCUUCAAGGCCUACCUUAUCUGGAAUACAAAUGAAAGUAGAAAGGGGGAUGCGCGUGGCAGUUUGUGGCAUGGUCGGCUCCGGGAAAUCAAGCUUUCUCUCUUGCAUCCUUGGGGAGAUUCCUAAGAUCUCUGGUGAAGUUCGGGUGUGCGGUACUGCUGCCUAUGUCUCUCAGUCGGCUUGGAUACAGUCUGGAAAUAUUGAAGAGAACGUUCUUUUUGGUAGUCCAAUGGAUAAAGCAAAAUACAAGAAUGUUAUCAAUGCUUGUUCCCUGAAGAAGGAUUUUGAACUCUUUUCACAUGGAGAUCAAACCAUAAUUGGAGACAGGGGCAUAAAUCUGAGUGGUGGACAGAAACAACGCGUGCAGCUUGCAAGGGCUCUUUAUCAAGAUGCUGAUAUUUAUUUACUUGAUGACCCCUUCAGUGCUGUUGAUGCACACACUAGCUCAGAACUAUUCAAGGAAUACAUAAUGACAGCACUGGCAAAUAAGACUGUCGUUUUCGUGACCCAUCAAGUUGAAUUUCUGCCCACUGCAGAUUUGAUACUGGUUCUUAAGGAAGGCCGUAUCAUACAAGCAGGAAAAUAUGAUGAACUUCUACAGGCAGGCACUGAUUUCAAAACUCUGGUCUCAGCUCACCAUGAAGCAAUUGAAGCCAUGGAUAUUCCAACUCAUUCGUCAGAAGAAUCGGAUGAAAAUUUGCUUCUUGAUGGGCAAGCUAUAUUAAAUAAAAAAGGUGAUUUGGCUGGAAAUAAUAUCGACAGUUUGGCCAAGGAAGUGCAAGAUGGUGCAUCAGCAUCAGACACGAAAACAAUCAAAGAGAAAAAGAAAGCAAAGCGGAGGAAAAAGCAGCUUGUUCAAGAAGAGGAAAGGGUAAAAGGAAGAGUCAGCAUGAAGGUGUACUUGUCAUAUAUGGCAGCUGCAUAUAAAGGCCUUUUGAUACCACUCAUUGUUCUUGCACAAACAUUAUUCCAGUUCCUUCAAAUUGCAAGUAAUUGGUGGAUGGCAUGGGCAAACCCCCAGACUGAUGGAGACCAAGCUAAAGUCGGUCCUAUGGUCCUCCUGGUUGUUUAUAUGGCCCUUGCUUUUGGUAGCUCUUGGUUUAUAUUUAUGAGGGCUGUUCUGGUAGCCACAUUUGGUCUAGCAGCUGCACAAAAAUUGUUUCUCAGUAUGCUUAGAAGUGUGUUUCGAGCUCCAAUGUCUUUCUUCGAUUCAACUCCAGCUGGGCGGAUCUUGAAUCGUGUGUCUAUUGAUCAAAGUGUUGUGGAUCUCGAUAUUCCUUUUAGACUUGGUGGGUUUGCUUCAACGACAAUACAGCUUCUUGGAAUUGUUGGUGUGAUGACAAAAGUUACUUGGCAAGUUCUGCUUCUUGUUGUUCCAAUGGCUAUAGCUUGCUUGUGGAUGCAGAAAUACUACAUGGCGUCUUCGAGAGAACUGGUCCGCAUUGUUAGCAUCCAGAAAUCUCCAGUUAUUCAUCUGUUUGGUGAAUCAAUUUCCGGAGCAGCCACAAUAAGAGGUUUUGGGCAAGAGAAAAGGUUCAUGAAGAGAAACCUUUAUCUUCUUGAUUGUUUCGCCCGUCCAUUCUUUUGCAGUCUUGCAGCUAUCGAGUGGCUCUGCCUACGGAUGGAAUUACUUUCAACCUUUGUAUUUGCUUUUUGCAUGAUUUUGCUCGUGAGUUUUCCACAUGGAAGUAUUGAUCCAAGUAUGGCAGGCCUUGCUGUGACAUAUGGCCUUAACUUAAACGCAAGGUUAUCACGGUGGAUACUUAGCUUUUGCAAGCUCGAGAAUAAAAUUAUUUCCAUCGAGAGGAUUUAUCAGUACAGCCAAAUUCCAAGUGAAGCUCCUCCUGUUAUUGAAAAUUCCCGCCCGCCGUCCUCAUGGCCCGAAUGUGGAACAAUUGAGUUGCUUGAUUUAAAGGUUCGCUAUGGGGAAAAUCUUCCUGUAGUGCUUCACGGAGUAACAUGUGCAUUUCCUGGUGGCAAAAAGAUCGGAAUUGUUGGGCGUACUGGAAGUGGUAAAUCUACGUUGAUCCAAGCAUUAUUCCGAUUGAUUGAGCCAGCUGGUGGGAGAAUCAUUAUAGACAACAUUGAUAUUUCAACAAUUGGGCUCCAUGACCUACGUAGCCGCCUUAGUAUCAUACCCCAAGAUCCUACAUUAUUUGAAGGAACUAUUAGAGGCAAUCUUGAUCCUCUCGAAGAGCAUUCGGAUCAUGAAAUUUGGGAGGCUCUCGAUAAGUCUCAGCUUGGAGAUAUUGUUCGUGAGAAAGAGCAAAGGCUUGAUACACCAGUUUUGGAAAACGGAGAUAACUGGAGCGUGGGGCAGCGGCAACUUGUUUCCCUAGGCCGGGCUUUGCUCAAACAGGCAAGAAUACUCGUGCUCGAUGAAGCUACAGCAUCAGUUGAUACUGCCACUGACAAUCUCAUACAGAAGAUCAUCCGAACAGAGUUCAUGAACUGCACAGUUUGCACUAUUGCACAUCGUAUUCCGACUGUAAUUGACAGUGAUCUUGUUUUGGUACUAAGUGAUGGUCGAGUUGCAGAGUUUGAUACCCCGGCACGUCUCUUAGAGGAUAAAUCAUCAAUGUUCCUAAAGUUGGUAACCGAGUAUUCCUCAAGAUCAAGUGGCAUACCAGAUUUUUAAAACAGAUUGUGAGCCAAUUUCUUCUACCAGUCAGGCAUCGGGAGCUGAGGGACUAUCUAAGAGUGAACCAGCUGCCGCUGCUGCUUCUUUCUCGCAGCACCCGGUUAAGUCAAAUGACAAAUGGCAAGGGCAGAUACGCGCACCAAACCAUUUUAUAACCAAAGCAUCAAGUAAUUUCAACUUCAAGGUAAUUUCCAAGUAGAUUCAUCCCCCAAAAACGGAUUCAGAAAAUUCAUGCACGGCUAGCAUCCUGACAUACACCUCGUAACAGAAAAUACAGUCGAUGUAAUAAUACUCGGGAAGAACGCGGUUCAUAUUUGUUCAAGAUGUGCAAUAAAAUAGUGGUUAGAAAAAUGUUAUCAUGUAGUUAGGACAAGUUGAAGAUUUAAACUAGUUAGAUCCCUCUCUUUUCUACUGGCAAAAAGUUCAAUUGUAAACCCAAAAAACAUAAAUUUUGUUUCAUCUCUUUAAUGGCAGCUUUUUUUUAAUAGGCAUUGAUGCCAUGUUGCCAUAAA